AUGUCUCUGAACUCUGCUCGUUUCCAGCAGCUGUUCGACAAACCUGUGACCAACAGGGCGCUUCAGACCAAACUGAAUGCCAUUACUGACGAUUACACUCUAACUAAUAAGGCGCUUGGCAUGGGAAUCAAUGGCGAAGUGUUGGAAAUUUGCCACAGAGAGAGUGGAGAAAAAUGUGCACUGAAGGUGCUUCAGGAUUGCUCAGAGGCCCGACAGGAGGUGGAACUCCACUGGAGGGUUUCAUCCUGCCCCCGCAUUGUACCUGUAAUAGAUGUUUAUGAGAACCUGCACCACAACAAGAAGUGCCUCCUCAUCGUCAUGGAGUGUAUGGACGGCGGUGAAUUAUUCAGUCAGAUUCAAGACCGAGGGAACCGUGUGUUUACAGAAAGAGAGGCCUCAGACAUCAUGAGGAGCGUCGGAGAAGCCGUACGUUUCCUGCAUUCCAUCAACAUCGCUCACAGAGAUAUCAAGCCAGAGAACCUGCUGUACACGUCCAAAGGACCAGAUGCGCUAAUAAAGCUGACCGACUUCGGCUUUGCCAAAGAAAGCACCGCUUUAAAUUCUUUGGCAACGCCGUGUUUCUCUCCUUAUUAUGCUGCUCCGGAGCUUCUGGGUCCAGAGAAGUACGAUAAAUCCUGUGACAUGUGGUCUCUUGGUGUCAUCAUGUACAUACUACUUUGUGGGUAUCCUCCUUUUUUCUCCUAUCACGGCCUGGCGAUAUCCCCAGGAAUGAAAAGACGGAUUUGUCGAGGACAGUACGACUUUCCCGACCCAGAGUGGUGUGGCGUGUCUGAGGAAGCAAAGCAGCUCAUCAGUCAUUUACUGCAAACCGAACCCACCCAGAGACUCACCAUCAGUGAAUUCAUGAGCCAUCCAUGGAUCAUUCCGUCCGCGGAGCUUCCUCAGACGCCUGGAAACACCAGCCAUGUGCUGCACGAAGAUCCAGAUGAGGGGGAGAAGGUAAAGAAAGAAAUGACAAGUGCUCUGCAAAGGAUGAGAGUGGACUAUGAUCAAAUCAAAAUCAAAACUAUUGAAGAAUCAACUAAUCCUCUCCUUUUGAAGAGACGACAGAAAAGCAAAACUACAGCUGUACAGCAUCCAGACUAGUCAAAUUUUAAUUAAACAUUUUAUUUAGUGUUCCAUGAAGGUCACUUUUACACAGACAGGAAUAUAGAUACAGUUUUAUAGAUU